AUGUACGUGUGCCACAGCUCUCACGCUGGAUCCACUCCGGGUUAUGAGAGCGGGAGGGUCCAAGAGCGUCACCAAGAGCGUCGCGCACACCCCCCUUCAGAGCAGCCAAGGGCGCCUGAUGGUUCCCAUCCUGAUCUUCGGCACAGCCCGCAUGCGAGUCACAAGGACUGGCAGUGUCCCGUGUGUCUGCAGACUGCAAGCUUCCCCAUCAGUACCAACUGUGGGCAUCUUUUCUGCGCUCCCUGUCUGAUAGCCUACUGGCGACAUAGUUCCUGGCUUGGCGCCAUUAGCUGUCCUCUUUGUCGGCAAAAGGUCAACGUACUGUACCACCUCUUUAGGGAGAGCAGGACCGACAGACAGCACGAACAAGUAUUGGGGGACAUCAGAGAUUAUAACAAGCGCUUUUCGGGAGCACGUCGACAGGUUACAGACUACCUCUAUGACAUGCCCCUGUUUGUGAAUCUGCUCUUGCGUGGACUGGGAACCAUGGGGGGCCUGGUGGGGCUCUUCUUCCUGCGGGUGACCGUCUGCUGUUUUGGGACCAUUAUCUCCUUGGCCUCAUCCGUAGAAGCUGUAGCAGAGCCCUUCUGUGGGAUUCUAGGCCUCCUCGAUGACAUUGCGGUGAUCUUUCUGCUCGUCGUCUGCGUGAUCAACAUCGGUCAGCAAAUACAGCCCCCCGGGGCUGCCGUCACGCAAAGCGCCACCCGGGAUGUUCUCGCAGACUCGUCGUGAAUCUCCUUGCAGAGAACUCGCUGCCAACGGCUCUCGGCUCGUCUCGGGAAACUGGUUUUUCCACGGGGAACCCUGACUAGCUCUUUCAUCAUAUACACACAAAACAUACCUUGAUGGACUGAGCAAACAGAGCCAAAGGUGAAGAAUGUGGGAAAAAAAAAAAACAACUCACCGAUUGCCAGACUUUCACCACGUCUAUAUGGUUUCUCUAAAUUUGUUUCAGUCUGUCGCUUAAUGGAA